AUGCGAAACAUCAUCUCAUCCAGUGAGAACGACAUUGGCGAGUUCCGCGAGCAGUUCAAAUCCCUUCAAGUGGUGCGGAUUCAUAGAUUUCGACUGGAAACAAUAAUUUUAAAUUUUUCAAGACGAUGACGUCGGAAAGAGAAGCGACCCAGAGGGAAAGCGAAGCGUUGCGAGAGGAGGUCGCUUCCCUCCAAAGGCAAAAUCAGUGGGUUUUGGAUGGAAAAUAUUAGAACUUGAUUUUUGAGUUAACAUAAGGUUUUUGAAAAUCCAAGAAAUUUCCUCAUUUUAGUACUUUUUUUGAAGAAUUCGAACUGAUAGGAAGUGUAGAAGAUGAACAUCCAUAGAACAUUUUUUUUGUUUUGAAAAAUAAGUUUUUUGUGUCUAUAUACUCAUCACGCCGUGUUUGAAGUAUUUUUGAACAUUAUCUCUCUCUCUCCGAAAUUUAGUUAUCUCUAUCGCUCUCUGACGGUCGAAGAAUCCCUUGGACCCGACUUUCAAGGGAAAAAAAGUUAAGAUCCUUAAGAGUUAAGAAAAAAGUUAAGAAAGACGAAUUUUUAAUUUCCAGAAACAUGCUCUGAAAUUAAGAGAAAAUUACCCGAAAAUGGGAAAAUUGAAGUUCUUGAAGUAUUUAGAUUGAAUCUGAUUUUUUUUUAGGCUUUUUGAAAGGAAAAUAAUGGUUUUUUUUUCCCAAGGAGAUUAAUUUUUAAACUUCUUUUUCCAGACUCCUCGCUGAAGAGUCUCGCCUUGUUCAAGAGGUCAAUAAUCAGCUGAAAACUCGAGGUGACACCGAACUGAAACGAGUUGAACUCUUUGAAGAAAAGAUUAGGUUCCUUCAAUCCCAUUCAAAAUGAUGUGAACCAAAAGAAGUUUUACAGAAUCCUCGAAGAGCUCCGGAAAGAGCUGAGCGAGGAGCUCGACGGCACCAAAACCGAGGUGGAGAACCUCAAGAAGGAGCUCGAGACAAAGAAGAAGGAGCUGGAAGUGAGCCAGUCGGUUCCGCUCUACUUCCCACCCUCGGACGAGCCCGAGGGAAGCGUCGGGGCUCUUCAAUCGCAGAUCCGACAGCUCAACGCCCAACUCCGAGAGGCCCUCAUGGCCAACAGCGAGAAGACGGACGAGUGCGAGAACCUCAGGGAUGAGAACCGGGAGCUCGAGAAGGAGAUCGGGGUUAGAGUUUGGAGUUUUAAUAGGAAGAGAAAAGCGGUUCAAACUUCCUCUGUUGGUCUAAAAAUGGCCUCAUAGUAGGCUGAAGUUCAUUUUUUGCCACCUGAAACUGCUGUUUUUCUCUGCGUCUCUCCGUCUCUCGGCAACGCUCUCAUGUUGCAGUGCUAUUUUCAUGUUUCUCUAACCUCGCCACUGAGGGAACAGAGAGACGCAGAGGCUCGGAAUUUUUUCAGCCGCGAUGGAGGAACUAUACCUGCGCGAUUUUUUCCGUCCUGAAAAUACGAAUUUUUAGAGUUUUGAAAUAUGAGCUUCAGACAUAUUUCUAUGUUGGACACGAGCUUUAGAAAGUCGUUUUUGAUAAACUAAACGUUUACAAAGAUUUCAUGAAUAAUCUAAAUAUAACCCUUAUUUAAACAUUUCCAGAUUUUCACACGAAAAGAUUAGAAAGAGAAAAAGUUAAUAGAAUGAGUGUAUAAAAAAGGAGCCAAAUUCAAAUAUCCAGAAAAAGCUUCGAAAAUUUUACAAGGAGGCGUUUCUACUGUGAAUCUUCGAGUUAUCUAUAAUUUUUUCGAUAAUUCUCUGCAGUUGUGACUGGAAACUCCUUAUAUUGGUUUCCUGAGCAAUCUUCUGGUUCUGAAGAUUUGAGUUUUUCGAUUGUGCGCAAAACUCAUUUCACAUGCCUCGAAUCUGGGCUCUCGCCGAAGUUCGAUUAUUAUCAUCUUCAAUAAUAUAAUUUUGCUCAAGUCGCGAUUUUAAAGGGAUUUUUUUCUAGACCUUUAUAGAGUUUUUUUGAGCAACUUUCUAAAUGUUUUUUUCAAACUUUUUUUAGUUGAGAAAAAAAUUUUUGAAAAAAAUCCAGAUACGCCAAAAACUGCGUGGAUGAGAUGAUCGCCCAGACGAAUACCCUGCAAAUCCAGCAGCAAAUCGCCGCCCAAGCCACUCAGGAACUCAAACAAGAAGUAUGUAUCGAAAAAAAGGAAAUUAACAAUUCUGGAUCUUUCCAGUUGCUUCUCAAAGAGCGUCAGUACCUGAAAGUCGAGCAGGAGCUGGUCCAUGAACGAGAUCACACUGCUGAUCUGGUUCUGGUUAUUAGGAAUCUAGAAAGGAUCAUCCUUGGCGACGACGAGGGCCUCGAAGAUGACGACGUCGACGAGUUCGCCAACGUCCCCGCCGACAUGGAUUGCCGGGCCAGCACUUCGGCCGACUCAUCGACCGCCGCCAGGGAAGCCUUCGAGGCGACCAGCGUCAACCGCGCCAAGGUCGAGGAGCUGAAGAGAAAUGUGAGUUUGGAGCGGGUGGAUGGGCUAAGAUUUCUAAAAAUGUCGCAGACUGGCUGGAGGUUCUGGGGAGGUUCUUACUGUAUAAGUUAUUACUGUAUAUCUUACCGUAUAAGUCUUAGAAGAGUAGCCUUACUGUAGUUGAUCAAAAAGUCAUAGGACGAACUGUAGAUGCGGAAAAACUUGAAUAUCCCAGGAAUCUUACUAAAAAAUACGGAAUGGAUAGAUCAAAAAUUGUUAUGGAAUCAAUCAGCAGAACUAUUGUCUUACUGUAGGUAAAAAAUCGUACUGUAUCUGAAAAAACUUAAAAACUGGCUCUAGAACAAUCGGUGAGGUUGCAAGAUAAUUUGUCAAGUAUUUCCUAGAAAAAAGGAAUUUGGAGACCUGCUGGAGUUCGAAAGUAGUCGUAACAGCUCUGGAGUUCAUAUUGUAACAGUUGAAAAUCAAUUUCUUUCUGAUCUUUUUGUAGAUCAUGGCUUUAGAGCUUGAGAAGGCAUUUUGUCAAUUUUCACAACUUUAAAAAUUUUUUUAAAAUUCGAACCGCCGCCUCCUGGAACUUUUUCAAUAUUUUUUUUACGAGAUCUGAGGAUUUUUUUGGAUCCCGAGAGCCGGUUUUUGAGAGGAUUUAUACUGAAAGUUCAAUUUUAGAGCACGACUAUGAAGCGGUACAUCCGUGAGCUCAAGCAGAAGAACGAGGUUCAGAACGCAGAGUUGGAAGAGCUCAAGAGCCAGGUACAUGAAGAUAAAGAUACUUUUCAUCAACUUCUUGAAAAAAGAUGGAAAACAGUACGGAAGAAGCCGACGCUACACGCUCCCUUCUUGAAAAACAGCUGCAAGAGGCCGAAGAACUUGACCGGGGUCUCUUGGACGGAAUCGAAGUUUUUCUGUGUUUUCAGAGCAUUUCGUAAGAAUAUUUUGUUCAGAAACGUGUCGCAGAACUCGAAGCCGAACUGGAGGAUCGACGGAACGCCCUGAAUGAAGCCCUGAAACGGGAGAAGACCCAGUUGCGACGAGUUGAAGAGCUCGAAGUUUGAACCCUCCAAAUAGAAAAAUGCCCCUUUUCCCUGUUUCAGACCGAAUGCGACCUCCUGAAGCAGCAGAUCUUGGACCUGACUGAAAAGUCUCCAAAGCCUGAAGAAUCGGCGGCGGAAGUCCUGGAGAAAAUGGCCGAGAUCGAGGCGUUGAAGAGCAAGAUUGCCUUGUUGGAAAAUGUCCGUGGUUUUUAGAUUUUUCUGAGAGUCAGAAUAUUUUUUUAUACUUUUUUUUGCUUAAGGAAAUUUUUAAAGGCGCAGGGUGAAGCUUGAAAUAUUGUUCUUGAAACAGAUCUGAAAAUUUUUUUCUUGAAGGGUCAAGACGCGAAUUCUGCUUAAACAGUACCUAUAUUUUUCAAAAUAGCUUAAGAAAAAAUUUUAAAAGCGCAGGGUGAAGCUUGAAGUAUUUUUCUUGAAGCAGCUGUGUAAAUUUUUUCAAAGGCUUAAGGUGACGUUGAAUGAACACUUUUCUUUUAUGAAAAAUAUUCAACUUGCAGAAUCUUUUCAAAGGUGUAACUUACGGGGAAGAUCAUUUUCUUUUUGGAAGCCUGAAAGCUUGAAAAAUGGCCAGAAAAUUCCUUGAAGGCUUUUUUUUGGGCUCUGAGUUUCUCGAAAUUCGAGACUCUCUGAAUCUUCUUUUGGUAAGUCAAGGAGUGUUCCGGUCAAUAUUCAAGAAAUUCACUACCUAAAAGUGAAAUAUCUUCUUUGUUAAAACUCUGAACCCCUAGUCUUGUGGAAGAGUUUUAUUUUUUCUUAAAAUAGGCCUGAAAAGUUUCCGAAGCAGUAAUGGGAGGAAAGCAGUAGAAACUCCAUUAAGAAGCUCUCAGAAAACACUCCAGUCCUCCUUUUCCAGGACGUCUCGGUGCUGACGGCGGAGAAGCAGCAUCAGGAAGCCGUUCAACAAGAACAACUUCAAAAAGCUCCCACCGAGGAGCUCCACAAAGAGAACGAGGAACUGAAGAAGGCUUUGGUGCAGAAGCACGGCGAGAGUGUCGAGUACUACACGCAGUUGGAAGCUUUCGCCGCGAAAUGCGCUCAACUUGAAGCCGAAGCCGAACAGAGGACCAAGAAGCUGGCUGAGGUCGAUGGGUUGUACCGGAGGUAUGGGAAAUUGCAAAAAAAAAAGUGUGGAAGAUUUAAGAGAUAGGCUCUGCCAAGCCUGCCAGAAACCUUCCAGCAGGCUUCUGGCAGUCUUCUGGAGCCCUUUUGGCAGGAUUUCUCCAUUUUUACCUUCCAAAGACCUUCUAACUACCUUCAGAACACCUUCCAAAAUCCUUCCCAAGAUAUUUUACUUAAAAAGCCUGCCGGAAGCUUUCCAGAAGCAUUCCUGUAAGCUUCUGGAAUGCUUGUAGCAGAAAUUUUCUUAUUUUUACCUCCCAAAGGCCUUCCCAAAACUUUCUAGCUCAACUUCCAGCCUUCUGCUGAAUACCUUCCAAACACCUUCCGAAGAUUUGCCUGAAUAUUCUUCUCCGAAAAUCAUGAUUCUCCUUCAAUCCCUCCCAAUGCUUUUGUUUCCAGCGAGUCUGACGCCUCGGAGAAGAAAUCGCGAGAGCUGGACCGGCUGAAGCAACACCUGAUGCUGGUCGAGGAAACCUCGACCCGCGAAGCCGUGGAGGCUGAACAGAGGGAGACCGAGCUCCGAGAACGCGUCAAGGAACUCGAGACUUUGGGUAGUGCAGCCACUGAAGACACUUCCGAAACAAUUCAUAUGUAUCAGGUCGGUUUGAGGGGUUAAGGGAAUUUUAAGGAAGUUUUGAGAAGAAAAUAUCGUUUAAGAUUAAAAAUAGUCUUGUCUUGCAAAAUAUUGGAUGAGAAACCUUCUCGGGACACAAGGAAUGGAAAAAUGGGUUUUUAUGACUCAGAAGGCCAAAAAAUUGCAGCGACCUUUUGUCCAUCUGGUUGACUUGCAUUUCAGAGAUUUUGGAAUUUCUAAGUUUUAAAAAAGUUUGACUGUUUGCUGUGUCUUCAUAUACGCCUUGAUCAACAAUAAAAAUCACUAAAACAUAGAAAUCUUGCAAAAUCAGAUCCUCAACUUGUCUUAAGUGAUAUGAAGAUGGUUGGUUGAAGAUUUUUGAGCCUUUGAACUAACAAAAUUGACUUAUUCGGAUUGACCAAACUUUAAGUGGACUCGAACCAGCGAACUUACUGACGCUGCAGAUAAGUGUUACCCACUUAGCUAAGCUCCCUUUCUCAAAAUUUUUUUGAAAAGUUGCUAUAGUGAUCAUGAUGCCUGACGAAGCUGACUCCUCGAGUUUUCAGGUCCGAAUUGAGACCCUGAAGGAGCGAUUAGACUCUGCCCAGAGGUAUGAGGCUCACUGGAAGUCCAAGUUCGAGGCCGAACAGAAGGCUCGAGAACAGACCCAAGAAGCCUUGACCAGCCUGCAGGUUGGCCUUGCUUUCUAAAAGCUUUAAAAAGGGAUAUAUCCUCAGGGUGUCGUCCGUGAGCUUUCCAUGGACCACGAACGGGAAUCGGCCGCCUCUAGCCACCGGAACUUGGAGCUUCAGGCUGAGAUUGAGGUUUUUCUAUGGUUCACUGCUGAGAGCUAACAGUCGAUUUUGGGUGUUGAACGAGACGAUCGGCGAGCUUCGAGCUGAGUUGGAACGUCAUUCUUUAUCCAGGCAAUCAGCGGAAGAUGACGUCGAACGCCAGAAGUUGCAGCUCGAAGGAAAGCAGAAGAUUAUUGGUGAGCUUGAGGGAAAAUUGAUAAAUUUGGGGGUAUGGCGAUUUUUAACUCUUUAGUGAGGAAAAAGGUUUUUAGCGUUGGAGCCCACUUGCUCUGGUGGUUGUGGCUUUUUUUUUCAAAAAUAAAAUAGUUCAUUCUAGCGAUAGAAGCAGGUUUUCAAAGGAUAAUAAAGUGAUUUCAUGGCAGUUUGGAAUAAAUAAUAGGCUCUGAAACAUUUUUAUCGUUUAUUUCUCAUUUUUUUUAACGUUUUGGAAUUUUUUGCCACGAGGACCUUCCUAGUAAAGUUUGCUUCCAGUUUCCAAAAAUUUCCAACAUUAUUCUGUAACUUUUUAGUGGCUGAAAAAUAUUUUUAUCAUUGGAGCGCACUUGCUCUGGCGGUUUUGGGGUUUUUUAUAUCGAUUUUUUAGCGCAAAAAAACAGGUUUUCUUAGCGUAGUAGAGCGAUGUCAUGGCACUGUAGAGAAAAUAUUAAACUCUGAAAAACAUUUUUUUAUCGUUCAAUUCUCAUUUUUUUGAACGUUUCGGAAUAUUUUGCCACAAUGACCUUUCUAGUAGAGUUUACCCACAUUUUACAAAAAUUUCUAACAUUUUUCACCCCCCACACUUAUUUUUCCAACCUACUUUGGAAAAUCCAACGGCAUUGGAGAGGAAAUUUAAGCGAAGGCCCUCGCCGGUCGAUUUGAGGUCGAUUUUUUCGCGCCACAUGCGCCCCAAGGACGAUUUUCCCAUGCAUUUGGCACGUCCGGUUUUUUUUCUUUCCCUUUUUUUCUGCGCAGUUGUUGGCGGGAGUUUGAAAUUAGUUGGAGGAGCCAUUGGAAUUUGGCCGGGUUUUUUUCGAUUUUUGAAAUAUUUAUUUUGAAACUUUAUCUGCAAAAUCAUGUAAAAAGGAAUAUCAAAUUUUUUUGAAAUGUUCACUAGUGAUUCUCUACCUUGAAACUGUACAAGCAGGAAGAACUGUAUGAAAAAAAUUUCAAAGCUGAAUUUUUUUCUUUCAAAAUUAUGACUCAAAAAAAUUAUGAAAAUAUUCAUCAUCAUCCUCAUCAUUUAUUCAAUACGAAUAAUAAUGCAGUUAAAAGGCCGAAAAGACCUCUAACAGAACCAAUUUUCAAAAAGGGGAAUCUAAACAUCGGAAACAGCAACAAACCGUUCAAAAAUUAGAAGAUAUUUUAAGAAAGUCAGCGAAAAGGUGGGGGUUGUUUUCUAAAUCAGUGAAUUUUAUAGUAUUCCAUAUUUUUUUUUCGAACUCACAACCUUUCUCGAUUUCGAUGCCUACCAAUGUCAACGUUUCAUUUUUUGUCCAACUUUUGUUGGGUUUUUUUUUCCAUCGCCAAGACAAAGAGUAGAGCAGCGAAAAGGGCAAACGGAGCCGUGUUGAGUUGGCAUUUUUUUUUGUUUGGAAAAAAACAGGUUUUCGUGGUCUUGUAGGUUGGGAGAAGCUGUGAAACAUUGAAAAACGGAGGUUUUGUGGACAAAAAAAAUGGCUGAACUUGUAGAAAUACUGUACCAGAAGCACUGAAAAUCAUGGAUUUCCCUGUUUGGUUCUAAAAAAUAAAGUAGAAAACUGUGGAUCAGGAAAAUUGAGGACCUGAACUUGAGUCCGAACCAUAGAUGGACAAGAACUCACUCAGCCCGGGAGGAGGGGUUGCCUUAUAGUCCGUUUUUUGCAACUUGAAAAGACGGGACUUCUCUGCGCCCUCCUUAUCUCUCGACGCUCCUCUCAUGUUUACGUGCUAUUUCCAUGUUUCUCUGACCUGUGUGAGAAAACAGAGAGACGCAGACACUCGAGAACUGUCAAGUCGCGGUGGACGGACUAUACAAGAACUCAGAAAUUUCAGGGAUAAAAUCCAUUUUCAACUUCACAAGGAAGGUCAUUUCACUUUGUGGUUGAGUAUUUCCUGAAACAUGGUCAAAGCACUCCUUGAAGCACCAAAAAAGGAUUCCGGAGGUCACAAUCUGCUCAACUUCCUAGUUUUUGAGAGGGUACUCCAAAGUCAAAGAUCCGUCAAAAGGGUCAUUUUUGGGGGCUUUGAGCUUAUAGUUCUCGAAAACUAGGAAGUUUUGCAGCUUGAGGCUUCCAAAAUCCUUUUUUGGAACUCAAAGGAGUGUUCUGACAGAUUUUCAGAAAGUUUCCAAGUAAAAUGACCUACCUUGUCUGGGAGCCACAAUAAUACAAGUUUUCGCCUCAGGGAGACCUCAGAGAACUUUAAUUUAUGAAAAUUUGGGAGGAGGGGUCUCUAAAAAUGGUCUGGGCCAAACUGUUUCCUAUAAAUUUACUUAAAAAUUCCAAAGGAACUCUGCAAAAAUUUUCAAAAAAAAUUUUUCAGAAGAACUCGAGGUUCAAAUCGAGGAGAUCCGCUCGACAAAGUCUUCAAAAGACACGGACAGCUACCGUAUCGAUGACGGCACUUUGAGACAGCUUUUCCUCAACUACUUCACCGCUGAACCGUCCAAACGGGCUGAUAUUGCCCUCCUGCUGGCCAGCAUACUCGAGUAUUCGCCGGACGACAUGGAGAAGGUCCGUUUGAACUCGAAAUUUGAAUAAUUUUUGAAUUUUGGCUUCUACUAUCCUAUUUUACGCCGCGUAAAUGAGUUUAGAGAUCGUAAACUUGGAAUUUAGUCAAGUAUAUGCGAAUUUUGAAUCCGUCUGAGCUUGAAUUUUGAAUAAUUUUUGAAUUUCGGCUUUAUAAAUGUUUACGCUGCGUAAAUGAGUUUGAAGCUGGUAAACUCGGAAUACAGUCAAGUAUAUGCGAAUCUUGAAUCCGUCUGAAAUUUGAAUAAUUUUUGAAUUUUGGCUGUAAAUAUCAACGUUUACGCCGCGUAAAUGAAUUUGAAGCUGGUAAAUUUAGUUCCUUACGUGCGAUUCGUGUAGGCUGGAAACGUCAUAAUUAGUUCAAAACACGGAUUUACUUAUGGGAACACAUUUACGCUGCGUAACCUUUCAUUUACCCUCUUUCUAGGCUUUCAAAAAGAAUUAUCCUUUUCAAGUGAGAAUUUUUUUUUACGAUGAGAGACUUUUUGAAAGCCCAGUGUGGUAAAGAGUGAUUCGUAAAUCUGGAAUGUCCAAAUUUUGAACUUAAAAAUUAAAGGAGCAUCAGAAUGACGCCAAGAAAUAUUUUGAAACGUAAAUUGGUUAUUUUUUUUUAUAUUCAUGAGACUCUCGGUCAAUAGAUGAUGAAAUUUUUGUUUUUAAUGUGUAAAAACUGCCAAGGUUUUUAAAGGCGCAUUUACAAAUUUCAAAAAAGGUCUCGAGGCGAAAAGCUGUUUUCGGUACGUUUAAUUACCAUUGAAAUUCGUUUCGAAGACGUUUUUUUCCUCUUUAAAGACAACAGAGCUGAAAAAAAUACUGUAAAAGCUUUAAAAUCUCAUUUCUCGUUAAGACCCUUUCAAACUAUAAUUUAAAGGCGCAUCAAACUAAGCCAUAAUUUUUUUUUUUGAAGAGCCUAUUAUUGGGGAAGCAUUUCAGGUACGGAAAGCCGUGCGACAAGGCAACCAAUCGGUUGCGUCAUCGUUCUUCGGAGGGGGAACUCGAAGUUCGCCGGGACCUUCCCUAACUGAGCAAUUUGUGAGGUUCCUCGAGGCCGAGUCCGAAUCGGCCCGGACGGCCCCGCACCUGCCCGUCCGGCCGGCCUCGCAGCCCCCGCAAAUCUCCCUUCAAGGUCAAGCUUCGCCGAAUCCGCAGCCACCGACCUCAGUCACGUCGCCGCCGAGCUCGGCCGCCUUGGACUCACUCCUUCGGUAA